AUGUUGCGAGUCGCUGCUGCACGGCGAGUGCCAGGGCCACGAGCUGGCCCUUCGCUGCGCCUGCUCGUCCGCCCGCAAACGACCGCCGCCGCGCCAGUUGCUCCCCUUCCCCCGCCCGACGCGAAGCCUCUCCCUCCUCCGCCUGCCGCCGCACAGCCUGCUCCUCCGCCCCUGCCCGCACCCAAAGCACCUCUUCCGCCCCCUCCACCGCCCCCGCCAGCGCCCCAACCGACGCCGUCAGCGGGAGGAGCGGGAUCGGCCGGAAAGCGACUCAAGUCGUUCCUCCUCUCGACCGCCUUGUUCCUCGGGUCGGGAGCGUUCCUCGCCUAUGCGUAUGACUCGAGGGCGGGAGUGCACCGAUGGCUCCUCCAGCCAGCGUUCAUGGCGUUGACGGAGGAUGACCCCGAGUUGGCGCAUGAAGUGGCGGUCAAGAUCCUCUCGGCAAACAUGGGACCGGUCGACUGUGGUGUUGACGACGAACGAUUGGCUUUCGAGCUGUGGGGCAAGCAGUUCUCGAACCCGAUCGGUAUUGCGGCGGGCUUUGACAAGCAUGCCGAAGCUAUCGACGGGCUGUUCAACCUCGGAUUCGGUUACGUCGAGGUUGGCAGCAUCACGCCGGAGCCGCAGUCCGGAAACCCCAAACCUCGCGUCUUUCGCGUCCCCGAGUCGAACUCGGUCGUGAAUCGCUACGGCUUCAACUCGGAAGGCCACGCCGCCGCGCUUGCCCGCCUCCGCCAACGAGUGAUCAAGUUUGUCAACGACUAUGCCUCCGUCCUCCCCGCCGAACUCUUCCCCUCGACUCCCUCGACCGCCGUUGCAGCGCAGAAUUUUGACCCCGUCACGUCAUACCUUGCGUCGCGGGAUGGGUCUGGCGCUGCACCUGCCGACGCAGUAGGAAUGCCUCGCUCGCUCCACCCGGGCAAGGUUCUCGGCAUCAACCUCGGGAAGAACAAGUCGAGCGACCCCGACUCGAUCGACGAUUUCGUCAAGGGCGUUGCCACACUUGGCCCGUACGCCGACGUCCUCGUCGUCAAUGUCUCGUCUCCCAACACGCCUGGUUUGCGCAACCUUCAGCGAAAGGGCAUGUUGUCCGAGCUGCUCGAGGGCGUCGUCCAGGCUCGCAACCUCCUACCGACCUCGAUCAAGCCUCCCGUGCUGGUGAAAGUCGCGCCCGACCUCGACGACGAACAGCUGUCCGACAUUGCAUACGCCGCAAAGACUGCCGGCAUCGACGGCGUGAUCGUCUCGAACACGACUAUCUCGCGUCCUCCCUCCGCCGGCUCGUCGCCCGUCUUGCAAGAGAUUGGCGGCUUGUCCGGUCCUCCCGUCAAGGCUCUCGCUCUCCGCGCCCUCUCGGCUCUCUACGAGCAGACGGACGGCAAGGUCCCCCUUGUCGGAUGUGGCGGGAUUUCGUCCGGCCAGGACGCGCUAGACUAUGCCAAAGCAGGCGCAUCGCUCGUCCAGCUCUACACGGGCUUUGUCUACGGGGGCGUUGGAUUGCCGCGGCGGAUCAAGGACGAGUUGGCGGAGCUGUUGAGGCGCGAAGGGAAGGCCUGGAAGGAGGUUAUCGGUUCGGGACGAGUCAAGGCUCCGACGACGACGGACUUUGACCGCGAGUUGAAGGAGGCGAAGGGUGAGCUGGAGGCGCUGCUGAAGGAGCUAGCGCAGGCUGGUAGCGGUGGGUCGGGCAAGGCUGUCCCGAUGACAGGUGGAGAGUCGGCAGAGGCCCCGCCAGUCGUCCCUGCUGCCGCAGCGAUGGUCGACACUCCGCUCCCCGCACCCGUUGCCGAAUCCCUCCCGACUUCCGCCCCCUCCGCCACUCCAUCGCCCACAGCUCCCUCGACUCCAGCACCGACUCCUACUAUAGUCCGCACCGCCCCGACGCCCAAGAUCGACGAGUCCCUACUCGCCGUUCCCGCGCAGGCGUUGCUCGACGAGAAGGCGAUCGCGGCGUUGCUUGCGCCCGCCGAAGCGCAGGUCGAGGCGGGCGUCAAGAGUGAGCCCAGCGUCACGGAGAAGGUUGAGGAGAAGGUGAAGGAUGAGAAGCGGUGGGUUUGA